CCCUUCGAACCAAAAUUCCCAACAACACACGGGCACACCCUAUCUGGCGAAGGGGAAAUCCAUGGCGAUGGCCGAUGAGCUUCCUCAAGCCCAACUGCACUCACCGCCUGUCAUCUUCUUCGAAAUGUUGUAAUUGCAGCAGAUGAAAUGCCAGCACAUGUUUGAUUUCUAGGUCUGGGAAUUAUGGUUGAUGGCUCAAAAUAUCGUAAAAGCUGUUAUACUCUCGAGCUUCGAACGUCAGAGCUACGAAGAGUACUAUAUGGAAUUGUCAAUUGUGACUGUUGACAGCAACCGCACUUUGCUGCGGCCGCCGUUGACCGUGGCGGUGGCCGUCAAAGGCAGCAGCGGUGGCCGCGUGGGAAACGGAAGCCGUCGGGCUGUCUGGUGGGCGGCGGAGAAUCUCAUGCCUUACGCCGAUCGUUUCAUCCUAAUUCACAUCAUGCCUAGAAUCACCUCUAUUCCUACUCCAUCCGGAGACGCUAUCCCCAUUGAGCGAUUGGAUGCCCAUAUGGUGGAAAUGUAUAUGCAGGACAGAAAAAAAACUUGUCAGGAGAUAUUUGUACCAUUUAAGAUACUAUGCAAUAGAAAGAAGGUUGAAACUUUGGUGUUGGAAGGUGACAAUCCUGCAUCAGCACUUCUUAAAUAUGUUACUGACUCUGGUGUAACUAAUUUAGUGUUGGGCUCUUGCACUUCCUCUUUGAUCACGAGGAUUCUCCCAAGUUUCAUGGUCAGGAAGCAAAAAGACCCUACUGUGCCAUCAGUAGUCCUAAAAAAUAUACCUGAAACUUGCAACAUUUAUAUUGUGUCAAGACGUAGGCUCAUCACAACUUCUGCCAAUCCCUGGUCAACUGGUGAGAACAGCGCAAGAAACUGGUGGUGUUCCCGGGGAGGGAACAGUUCUCUUCGCUGCUAUAAAUUAUGCAGUAGCCAUUAUUCCUCUCCAGUGGAUCACGAAGUUGCGGACACAGCAUCAUCUAUGUCGGACGUUAGUCACUUGUAUUCUCUAACAGUUGCAGGACCGAUGUAUCCCGACAAUUCUGGUUCACUUCCAGAAAGUAAUCGCCAAAACUCGGGAAAUCGUAUCGUACCAAUUGGGGCAGUAAAUGAAUGUUCUUUGGUAGCUUCUGCAGAGACAAAGCAGUCUAAUGUGCAUGCUGAGGUAGAAAAAAUGCGUCUAGAAUUAAUGAACGCUGUUCGCAUGUACAAGCAAGCUUCUGAGGACCUUGUUGUCAUCCGAGAGAAGGUUCGCAUUCUUUCGACUCAAUGCCGUAUAGAAGCAAAACAUGUAAAUGAUGCCUUGCGAAGAGAAGAAAUUUACAGGAAAAUUGCUAAAGAAGAGCAAACCAAGUAUUUGGAAGCACUGAAGGAGAUAGAGAUGGCAAGAAAGUGGCUUGCUAAAGAGGCUUAUGAAAAGAAAAGAGCAGAAAGGACAGCUGUCCAAGAAGCUUUGGAGAAAAAGAAAAUUAUGGAUGUGCUCUUGUCAAACGAUAGAAGGUACAGAAGGUACACAAGGGAUGAAAUAGAGAUAGCUACUGAUUCCUUCUCUGAGACUAAGAUGAUCGGUGAAGGAUCAUAUGGGAAAGUUUACAGAUGUGACCUCGAUAAAACCCCAGUAGCUGUCAAAGUUCUGCAUUCUGAUGCUUCGGAGAAGAAAAAGGAAUUUAUGACAGAGAUUGAAGUUCUUAGCCAAUUACACCACCCACACAUUGUUUUACUGCUUGGAGCGUGUCCAGAGACAGGGUGCUUAGUAUAUGAAUAUAUGGAGAACGGAAGCCUAGAAGAUUUUCUUUCCGACCAUAGCAGCAGGGACCCUCUUCCUUGGUUUGUUCGAUUCCGGAUAGCAUUUGAAGUAGCUUGUGGACUUGCAUUCUUACACAACUCAAUACCAGACCCCAUAAUUCAUCGAGAUCUAAAACCGGGAAAUAUAUUUCUGGACAGAAACUAUGUGAGCAAAAUUGGUGAUGUGGGAUGGGCUAAACUAGUUUCGUAUGUUCCGCCUGAAGAUAUUACAGAAUAUAGGGCCUCCGAUGUGGCUGGUACUCUUUGCUAUAUGGAUCCAGAGUAUCAAAGAACUGGAACCGUCCGACCUAAAUCUGAUCUAUAUGCUUUUGGAAUCAUUCUGCUCCAAUUGCUUGCCGCACAACCUCCGAAUGGGCUUUUGUUGAAAUUUCAAAUUGCAAUCUCCAAUGGUUCGCUCGCUGAUAUAUUGGACAAGUCUAUACAGGAUUGGCCACUUGUCGAAGCAGAGGAAAUGGUUCAAAUGGCCCUGAAAUGCUCCGAACUUCGAUGCAGAGAUAGGCCUGAUCUUGAAACUGAAGUGUUGCCGCUUUUGAAGAGACUUGCUGAUAAGGCAGGUGCUACUUUAAGGCUACAAAGGAAUAGUAUUCAUCCACCUAACCACUACUUCUGCCCAAUACUGCAGGAAGUAAUGGAGGAUCCAUACAUUGCCGCUGAUGGUUUUACAUACGAGCACAGAGCAAUCAAAUUAUGGCUUCAGAGACAUAGUUACUCACCAGUAACAAGGCUUAAGCUGCCGCAUAUUCAUGUUAUUCGAAACCAUACAUUACGUUCUGCUAUACAGGAUUGGAGGUCACGCAUAACAUCCUCGUCUGGAAUGAUGUGCAGCGGAGGAAGUUACCUGCUUUAUCAAGGAUUGCUUUGAGCUGAGACACGUCGCAAAUCUCAAUACAAGUACAAAGAUCUCGCCCUUCAUUGGCAGGCCUUCCGAUCAAGGGGUCAGGAUUCGGAAGCUCUGCGAGGUUUAUCAUUUCAGAGCCCACCCGCAGCCAAGCACCCCUGUAGGUGUCAUCUGGCUGCGGAUGGAAGGGGCUCACAAGUUUGAGAACUGUCUGUUUUCCUUCCAAGCCAUUUAUUUCUUUUCUACCGCCUGUAGACGGUUAUCCAUUUUUACGAACUUCAGUGGUAUUCCCCUGUUUUCCAACA